AUGGCUGAAGUGGACAUUCCCAAGACGUUUGGAGCUCUCUUGAUUGGCGGGCUUCUGGCAACACUGUUCUCAGGCCUCACGCAAGCCCAAACGUUCAUCUUCUUCAGACUUUAUAACAAUGACCCAUUGCUGGUGAAGCUCUUGAUCCUUGGAGUCUGGUUCCUUGACUCGCUGCACACCAUUUUCAUUGGACAUUCCCUGUGGAACUACCUGAUCAACACCUUUGGGAACGCUGCUGGCAUCGACUAUAUCCCGACGUGCGUAUCUCACAACCUUUCCGACAUCAGUGGUACUUACGAUGACACAUUCGGUGGAAACAGGAGCCUGGCCCUCACGAUAGCAGUUACGGCCGUCCUUACGUUCUGCGUCCACUGCUUCUUCAUCUACAGAAUCUUCGUCUUGUCGCGGCGGAAUUUCUUUAUUUCGGUUCCACUGACCUUGAUAGCGUGUACUCGUCUCUGUUUUGCCUGUCUGACCACCGCUAAGCUGAUUGAACUGCGAAGCUUAGAGGUGUUUGUGCGGCUGUAUACGUGGUCCUUCACCACUGGACUAACCCUCUCUGCAAUUCUGGACGUAUUAAUCACGGUCUUUAUGUGCUGGUUCCUCAAACGUCGCCAGAAAGAAUUCUCGAAAUUAAACAAAGUCCUCGAUGCACUCAUUCUAUAUGCUUUUGAGAAUGGGAUUUUAACAACGCUUGCUGCGCUGUUGACACUUAUCUUCUGGCUCUCCAUGCGCUCCAACCUGAUCUUCAUGGCCGCACAUUUCAUCAUCAUCAAAUUCUAUGCCAAUUCAUUGCUCGCGACCCUAAAUGCCAGACGUGAUCUUCAGUCCGAAGAGAGCCACCAUGGGACGACAAUGGAUGCAUCAGGCGUAGCGUCUGGGACCCGACGACCAGAUCCAAGCAAUAGAAUCAGACAUAUUGCUCAGCCCAUCGACCUCAGCGAAGGCUUCAGAAUAUCCCCGAUCAGGGACUCUGGAAAAUUCGCAUCUGGUUCAGACCUCCAGGACGACGAUGACGAGCUAAAAGAAGUCGGAAAGACCUCGCAACUACGAAUCAAUGUGAAUACGAGUACGGUGCGGGUCACUGAUUCGUUAGGGGAGGGUGUUUCUGGCUCUCGUCGUUAA